AUGCAGCGAACCAUGCUCUUCUCACGUUUUUUGCGAGUAUUAUCUCUUUUCAGCGUCUUGCUGGUAAGUUUACACUUUAGUGCCCUAUAUUUAAGUGCUGAUGAUGCCAGUUUGUGUUCGACGCCAAUUCUAGGACAAACGCCGUGGUUCAAGCAGAAAGCAUGUCCCUGGUGGGAUGCACACGUUGAGCCACAUCGCAAAGAGUUAGCACGCCCCUUGGCUCUUCAGUGGCAGAAGCAGGAACAGCUUGCUAGAUCCCAGGUCGAAAGUACAUCGCACAAAGCUACCGCGUUUGCCAAAGAGCAGGUUCUACCCUGUGCAUGCAAAUGGUACCACAUCGUUCGCAUCAAGACACAGAUGUACCACAAUGUCUACGUGGUCCCACACAUCAAACAUGCAUCCUACAAGGUUCAGCUUUGGUUGCAAUCAGAUAGUCAAGCAGCCAAACUCACUUUAAGAGCGUCAAAUGAAUAUUUCAAGCUUCUAAAGAUUUUAGAAUCGUGGACUUGUCAACUGAACAUUUGGGCGAGACCUAAGCUUGUAGAAUCUGCGCAAUGUAUUAAGCCAUUGUUUGCUCAGUUAAAACACAGGGCGGUCGAGUUUAGACACUCCUUUGAAAACUACACUGAAACUGAAAUUCAAGAAUCCGACGCGGUUACGGACGUCGAAGAAGAAUUGCAAUAUUACGAUGCUGAAGACGACUUUGAGGACGAGAGUGAAGAGGAAACUAUAUAUUUGACUUCUACGAUCAUUGAAACUGUCACUCUAUCGGAUAAUCAAUUGGCUGCACCUACUUCGAUCCAGGAGGCUAGCAUGGAUUUAGAGGUUCCUCUCAGGGAUCUUGUUCAGGACGAAUUUCAGGCUUGGUCAAAUACUGUUGAGCAGAAGGCCUUGAACACAGAACAUCAAUUUGAUCUGGAAAUCGAGAACCUCGUCCAAAGCAAGUUGGACGAGAUCCGUCCUCGCAUCACUGUCAUGUUGCAAGAUAUCUCAAAUAGCACACAGCAGCAUUAUAAGACUAUAAACAGAGCCAUUCUGGACGUUAACUGCACAAUGGAGUUACAUCCUGAAACUGGAGAACAGUUAUACUUCAACCAGGAAGGGUCGCAAUUGCGCAAGUACGUAACCCGCCCCCUUGUGCGUGAAUACUUUUCGCAAGCUCAUACACACGUUGAUGAGACCUUGGAACAGAUAAACGAAGUUUUGGAGGCUUUCGUCGCAGAGAUUAAUACCGAAGUGGAUCAAGUAAGACAGGAACAUCUCGAAGUUUACGAAGAGUGGGGUGACGUCAUGAUCAGCGAGUGGUCGAAACGCAUGGCCUACGUGGAUGUAAUGGCAGCUAUGGAGUCCGACGAUUUAAGUCAAGCGCAACAUGACAAUUGGAAGCAGUUUUUGAAAUUAAAGAAACAAGUUGUUGCAACAAGAGACAUGCUAAUGAAGCAUGCGGCAAAUCUACAGGACGUCGAAAAGUUUUUGAGAGAGAUACAACUCACUUCAAAGGCUUUACAACGUGAGGCUGGCGAAUACCUGUUCAUUUUGAGAUCAAAAGCUAACUUGGCGUUUCAAGGACGAGAAGAGCUUGAGAGGAGACAGCACCAGGAGCAGAUGGAGCGCGAGAAGAAAGAACAGGAAGAACGCGAAAGACAGGAACGUGAAGAUCUAGAGAAGGAGGAGCUUGCCAGGCAAGAACUCGAGAACAGUCUUUACUCCGAGGAGGAAGAUGAUGCUGAGGAGUUUUAUGACAGCGAAUAUGCUAUAAAUCCUGAUGUUGAAUCGAAACUCCUGCACCAAGAACAAUUACAGCGGGAAAUGCUCGACCUGCGCGAGAAUGAGCUGCGCCAGCAGUUACUCCAUGAACAAAGAGAAGAUGAACUCAAUCAUUCAUCCCAAAGUAAAUAA